AUGGCCUCGAAUCUGCUGCCACAGGACUUCAAAAUCAUAUCGUCUUUACGCUACGAUCCUGCACUUUUAACGAUAGGCAAGCGGACAGCGGCAAGAACUUCACCCGAUCCAUUGACCACACCGUAUUAUCUCCUCCCUUAUCAUCAAGAACGCCUCCGAAAUGCAGCGGCAUGUUUCAGCUGGGGAAAUGCUCUCACCUUCCUGAAACAAGACACAAAUCAGUUCGUCGAGUUUCUGGACACCUUCAUUCCGGAUAUUACCAAGCCAUGGCGCCUCCGAAUACUCCUCGAUAGCACGGGCACUUGCGAGGUUGAGGUCAACCCGACGACAUCGAUAAAUCCGCUGAAUUUUCUAACUCCAUUCGAAACGGACCUCCAGUCUACGGCCUGGCGCGUAUACAUUGAUUCCGAACGUAUAUCCCCCUCUGCAUUCACCACACACAAGACUACGACUCGCGACUUUUACACAGCUGCGCGUCUUCGAUCGGGAAUAGUAUCUUUUGUAGAGCCUGCGGAAGUUCUUCUGGUAAAUCCGGCGGGUGAGAUCAUGGAAGGAAGCAUUACAACACCAUACUUCAGGCGACGAGAUACGACGGAUGGGGAGGGAAAGCCGGCUUGGAUCACACCGCCGCUUUCCAGCGGUGGCAAUGCGGGUACCACGAGGCAAUAUGCUUUAGCACAAGGAUUCUGCACUGAGGAGGCAAUUGCAGCUACUGACCUAGUGGAUGGCGAGGAGUGUUGGCUCAGUAAUAGUGUCCGAGGUUUUAUCCGCGGUCAAAUCGUACUAGGAGAUAUUGAAACUCUACUACUGAAAAGUAAUACUCCGACAGUAGUAGUAGUAGUAGUACAGCUGAAGAAAAAGAGUACUACUAAGUACUACAUGAUGAUUGGCCCGUGGGGGGACAAUCAGAUGAUGCACCGGCCCAUCCCCGCAUUACCGAACAGGCUUAGCGGCGAGCGGCCAGAAGCUGACAGAAAUUCUUCCCACAUCCCCAACGCCACCCUCUGCUCCAGUUCCAUCCUCUUCCUCCACCCAUCCAGUCGGCGUGACUUUCUCAUCUCAAUCCUUCAAUCCACUCUGUAUGCAUCAUUCGCAAUUAUGAAAUUCUUCGAGAAUGUCUUCACCUACGACUACUCCUUCCCGGCCGUGUCGCUGGCCUACUUCCUUCGCUAUCCCAACCCUUAUUCUCGCCAUGUGUUGACCACCGAUGUCAUUGACCGUUACGUCGACCCGACGACCCAGCGUCUCCACACCACUCGUCUCCUUCUCAAGAAAUCCAAGGUUCCCUCGGGAAUCCUCAAACUCCUUCCCAAGGGGAUUGGCGGCUCAGACAAUUCCGGCCAGAGCUAUAUCCUCGAAACGACUGUCGUCGACGCCAAAGAGGGUUGGAUGCAGACGGAAUCUCGUAACAUGGAAUGGACCGGGAUAUUGAGCGUGGUCGAGAGACAAUUCUAUCAACGCCAGCCCCAUGAAGGUCCAUUCGGCACGCUGGAAGGGCUUUCGCUUGAUGACAAAAAAAGCGAACAGACUACGGUGCGCACCACAGUCACUUUCCGGUCCAAAUUCGGGCAAGGAAAAUUGCUAGGUAGAAGGAAGACCGAGCCGAGUAGUGACCACACCGGGGAUUAUGAAGAAGAAGCUCCAAAAAGAGGCCUUUUCACCUCCCUGUCCACUGCGGGAAUCCAACGCACAAUUGAGCUGAUUGGAUUGAACCGCACCCGGGAUGCCGUGCUCAAGAGCAAGCAGGGCAUGAAUGUGGUUCUCGAGCGCUUGCGUAAUGGCGGUAUUGUGGGUGUUCUUGAAGGGAUGCGUCAAGAUCGAGAGGCAGCGUUCGGACCAGAGGGUGGUCCCUGGAAGCGAGUUUGGCUAUCCGGCCAUGGGCAUGCGUCUAUUCAAGAUGACGACAAUUGA